UAGCCCAGACUAAAUAGUGUGAACUGCACUCACCGAGGCGUUGGGAGGCAUUGUGCUAUUGUAUGCAAUUUCAGCGCGUCCAACGACUCUAAUGAAGCUUCUUUAUUCUUCUCAGUUGUAUUUUACACCGUGACAAUGACAGAAGCAAUGAAGUGCUCAACGAUCGCUUUCACUUGGAUUAUCAUACUUUUGUUUAAUUUUUGCAAUUUCAUUGGCGCUGAUUUCGAGGAGAAAACAGAGGAAGAUUUCUUAACUGCCAGCGAACGCUGCUUCCAACGUGAACGUCUCGCUGCGAGCUAUCAACGUCAAUUCGAUAAUUUUGUUUAUCCAGACGAAGCGCCCGUACAUCGCUAUGUACACUGCAUUUGGAAUGAAUUGAAAUUGUGGAAUGAUCGUACCGGUUUUAAUGUGGAACAUAUAGCGGCACUUUAUCGUGAUAAGGCGAACACGGAAGUACUGGUGCCGAUAUUGAGUGACUGCAAUCGAAAUACAAACAAUGCGCCGACACUGAAGUGGUGUUACAACGCUUUCAAAUGUGUGUUGAAUAGUCGGGUGGGUCAGUGGUUCAAGGAGGAUGUGGAACGUAAGCUGCAUGAGAGACGUACGGGAAAUCAUGUGGCUUGAUUUGUGUUUGAAAGCGAAAUGUGAAACUCAAUACAUAUUGCUAUCAAAAGAUAAGCGGAAAUAUGGAAAAAAUAUUGACUUUUUUAUUAUAUAUGACAAAUGUAUAAGUAAACAUAUAUACAUAUGAAUGUACAUACCCGGUAAUGCACAGGAAAAUUUUGAAAAAUAAAUUUUCAGAUUUAUUCUUGUUUAAUAAAUUUA